UUAAUUUGAUCACAGCUUAACGUUAUCGCCGGAUUUCUCCUGCGGUUUAAACGCCGAGGUUCCGAAGUUGGAUAAAUGUCCAAGAUAUUUGUCAGUUGUGAUGUAAAUUGGUCGUUUUGGAUAGCUGGAAAACCGAGUUUGUGCGUCGAGUUUCAGUGUGUUGGGAUUCGAGACUGAAGGUCUUUUGUGGAAGUGGGUGCAUCAGUGAUCAGCAUUGGAAAUGUGAACUCACUUCACGACUUUACUUAAUAUAACUCGAAUUGCUAAUGAUCUACUAUUCUUUGCGAAGGAAAAAUCGCAGAUAACUAUGGCGAAACAUCUCGGAAAGGACCCCGAUGACUACGAAAGGGAGUACGAGUCGUUUUUGAACGACCUCAGACGGUUUCAUGCAGCCAAGGGGACUGCGUUUUUAAAACCGCCGGCGUUUGGUCGGCAAGAAUUGGACUUGUAUUUGCUAUACAGUAAAGUGACUGCUAUGGGAGGUUUUACGAAGGUUUCGGAUGGCGGUAAAUGGGAGGACUUGCUGGAAUUGUUUGAUACUCCCAAAAAUUGUAGCCAUGCAGCUUUCGCAGUUCGUCAGUUUUACCUCAGGUACUUGGAACUCUAUGAACGAAUACAUCAUUUUGGGGAGGAUGCUGAAGAAGUCCUUAACAGCCGUGGUUCUCGGCCAUCAACUCCCAUUGGUGGAAUGUCAACCAAUUAUUUACAACAGCGACAUGAAAUACCUGAAUCCGUUCGGCAAAGUUGUGGGUUAUCAUUAGACAGAGCCAAGCUGACAGAAUAUGAUAAAUUAGUGAUGGCGUUACAAGGAGGUUUACCCAAUGAAGUGGACUUUGCUAUCAAUGUAUGCACACUGUUAUCCAAUGAAAGUAGACAUGUUUUACAUCUUGAGAAAACGCCGGCUGUCAUUGAUCUCUUACUUGCACAUGUUGGUAUUUUCAAUGAAGGUAUUGUUAACUAUUGUGAAUUGUACCAUGAAGAAUGGAAACCAAGGUCUAAUCGGGAUUAUCAACAGUUUUGGUGGGAUACAGUGCAAGAUGUAGCUAUUCAAGAAAUCAUUGAUCACAAUCAAUCUAAAAAUAGUAAAUGUUUUAGUGAAGUUCUUUAUCGAACAUCAAGGACUCUAGGGAUGAACGAUGCAGAAGGGCAACGUAUAUUACAGAUUGCUAUAAUUCUACGUAAUUUAUCAUUUGAGAAACACAACAUUCCAGUCAUGUCUACAAGUUAUAAUUUAUUGUGUUUUCUACUUCUUUGUGCUCAUAAUAAAUGUUCGUCAUUAAAACAAUUAGGACUAGAUACUCUCGGCAAUAUUUCAACACAGAUGUAUUUAGAUCCUAUUGACUUCCAUAAUACACAACUUAUGUUCCAUACAAUAUGCAAGUGUCUCAGAGAUUCUGACAAGUUUGCAGUCAUAAGAGGUAUGGAAAUUCUUAGUAAUAUUUGUCAAAUGGAAGAGAAUGUUGGUAUCAUUUGUUCACAUUUAGAUCCGUAUAUUUAUGAAGAUAUUAUGGCAGUGUUAACUUUACAAGAUAUUCAGUUAUUACUUGGUGCUUUGGAAGUUCUUUAUAGGCUCUCUGAUUUAGGUGAAGAUACAUGCGACUGUAUUGCCCGGGUUCAUAAAUGUAUUGAUAUUUUGGUGUGCCUUGUUACUUUGGAUGCCAACUCUCUUGGUCCUGAUGCCUUUGUCGGUGUCAAAGUGGUGGAGCAUGCACCAAUGGAAUCUUCUUCAAUGGUUGUACCAAGACCACAGCCACAAGUAACACCACCUCCUCAACUACCUCAAAUUUCUCGACAAAACACAGUGCCUAAUCUUGUAGCGUCUGCCAACCAACAAGGAGCUAGAGAAAUAGAUCCUGAAUCAUUUACUUGUCAGUGGUUGAAUGCUUAUUAUGAGUGUGAUGUUAAUGGUACAGUAGGCAGAAUAGAUCUCUAUGCGGAUUAUUUGGCCUCGUGCAGCAAACUGGCCAGGUCUGGAAUUCUCACAUCCACCAACUUCGGGAAAUGCGUCAAGAUGGUGUUUCCACAUGCAGGAAGUAAAAGAAUGGACAGUGGUCAACAUCAUAUAGCUGGUAUUCAGAGGAGAACUAUUCUGUUACCAGUACAGACACAUAUACAACAGACUCCCCAGUAUCCAGGUCGUACUGCAACACCACCAAGGGCACCACCUGGCUCACAUAUGAACAGAAUUCCAAAUUCUAACCUCCCUUCUCCUCCUGUGACACCAAGUCCUCCACCAUCACGUCAUCUCUUGAUGCACCGCCCUCAAUCACAGCAUUUGUUGCAGCAGCUGCAGCAAACUCCCAAAUACAUUGGUCAGCAGAGAGGAAUGUCAAUGCAAUCUAAUCAGAUGAUGUCACCUCAGAUGCACCAACAGCAAAUGUUACGUCAACAGCAACAAAUGCAGUCUCAGCAACAGCAGCAGCAAAUGCAGAUGCAGUCACAACCACAAAUGCAAGGACAACAGAUGCCAAUGUCACAACAACAACAGCAGCAACAACAAGAGCAUCUGCAAAGAAUGAGACAACAACAAAUGCAAAUACAACCUCAACGAAUGCCACAGCAGCAGCAGCAGCAACAGCAACCACAACAACCACCAUCCAGGCCAAACAGUCUACCUGAAAAUACAAGGCAACCUCAAACUUCUCAAACCCCGGCUCAACAAAUUCUGAUACAACGAUCAGGAGUCGUGCCUUACCCACAGGAGAGGAGUCCGUCACCAAGCUCAUUAUCAGGUCAGGCUCCCUCUCCUCAUCUUUCACCAGGUGUGUCACCAACAGCCACAACGCCACCACCACUGCCAAAUUUAGAGAAUUCAAACAUGCAACUGCAAAAGACAAGUGGAAUUGCUGACCAGAACACUGGACAGACUUCAACUCGGCCACUGCCAAAUCAUGCACCUGGGGAAAGGUUCCCAUCAUCUAUCCAGGAAGCAUUAUUGUCAAAUAUACCUCCAUCAUCACCAUCACUAUCACUGCCAAGUUCUGGCACUGUGCCAGUUUCAAGUAGUAACACACAGGGAAAUGUGAACCCUGGAUUUGGACCAAAUACUCCACAAAGGACUAAUCUUCAGCAAAAUACUGAUUCUCCUCUGAUUAAACAAUUACUGCAGCAGAAAAUGCAGCAACCUUUGCGUUCAGGGGAACAUGGUAUGAUACCUCCCCCGCCUUAUCCUCAACAGCAACAACAUCAGCAAAACUUACAACAAUUGCCUCAACAGAAUGUUUUGCAACAACAGUAUCCACAACAGCAAGUGGUACAGCAACAGAAUUGCAUGCAACAACGUAUCCACAACAGCAAGUGGUACAGCAACAUCAACAGGUUAUACAGCCAAAUGUAA